AGCUCAGACUGGUGUCCCCCCUAGCUGCAUAUAAAGCUGAAUGUGAAGCCUUCAGAGGAUAAGUUGUGAUCGGUUUGCUGGAGAAGACUUCCACGGGGUAUGAGGGAGCUCAUGAGGAGGUGCUGACUUUCCUGUUUCCAUGCUUUAAAGUUCACUCUGUCCUGAAGACGGCAUCUAUUCCCCGUCAGCUCUCACAGUUUUCAGCUACAAGGUAAUCAGUGGGCAUCGCUCUGAGUGGUCAGAGCCUCACGGCAGACGGACUGAAUCGAGCAGUUUACGCAGCAGCUACCAUUAGGGAGUCCAAAGAAAAAGAAAACACCCGCCAUCCUUUAAAGACGACAUGCCCAACGGGUCCCCUCAUGGCAGGGUCACUAUGACGAUCACCUUCUUCUGCUCCCAGCCGGUGUUUAUACUGGCGGUGGCUGUGCUCCUCUGCACAGUCAGCCAGGUGACUUGUCAGAAGGAAGGAGAGGCGGAGUCGCCUGCCCAGGUUCUUCAGGACCUGCUGGUCCGCUACGGAGACAACAGCACCAUCACAGUGCCUCAGCUGCGCUCACUUCUGGCUUUACUUAGUCAGAGUCAAAGUGAGAAAUCGGAUGAGAAAAGAGAUGAGGCAGAGACAACUACAGUUACACCUCCCGCAGCAAACAGCUCCAAGUGUUUGCCUGCAGACACGCUGGCUAUUUACAGCAUCAGCGAGCAGUCCCGGCUGGAUGGGCAGGGUCUCCAGAAGCUGUGUCCCACCAUGCUGCAGCAGCUGGAUGCCGGCACCUGCAAGGUGAAAAAGGGGGAGGAGCUAAGCACGGACCCCUCCCCCAGACCUACAGAUGCAGAAGUGUGGGGUUUUUCUUUUUUGAGCGUGACUGUGAUCAGUGUCUGCUCCCUCACCGGAGUUGCCAUCGUACCUCUGAUGAAGACGCAUUGCAUGAAACACGCGCUCACCUUUUUCAUCGCACUUGCCAUUGGCACCCUCUUCUCUACAGCCAUCCUCCAGCUCCUUCCUGAGGCCUUUGGUUUUGACCCCAUGGUGGACUUUUAUGUAUCCAAAUCCGCUGUGGUCUUCGGAGGCUUCUACCUCUUCUUCUUCACAGAAAAGGUUCUCAAGGUUCUCCUGAAACAAAGGCAAGGGAGCCACGGCCAUAGUCACUACAGCGGUGCAGACCGCUACUCAUCACCUGACAGAGAUGCAGAGGAGGGGGAGAAAGAGAAGCUGCAGCAGAAUGGAGAAUCCAACAGUCUGACUCAGGGAAAAGUGGACGACGCUGGGGAGGGAGAGCUCAUGCUCCACCCCGCACAGACACCGCAGGAGUCUCAGAGUCCAGAUAACGGAGCCCGUUCAGGUGGCGGCUGCUAUUGGCUGAAAGGAACCACCUACUCUGACAUCGGCACACUGGCCUGGAUGAUAACGCUGAGUGACGGUUUGCACAACUUUAUCGAUGGCUUAGCUAUCGGUGCCUCCUUCACCGCCUCAGUAUUCCAGGGCAUCAGCACCUCCGUGGCCAUCCUUUGUGAGGAGUUCCCUCAUGAGCUCGGUGACUUUGUGAUCCUUCUAAACGCUGGUAUGAGCAUACAGCAGGCCUUGUUCUUUAACUUCCUGUCAGCCUGUUGUUGCUACCUGGGUAUGGGAUUUGGCAUCCUGGCCGGUAACAGUUUCUCUCCCAACUGGAUCUUUGCUCUGGCUGGAGGAAUGUUCCUCUACAUCGCUCUGGCAGACAUGUUUCCGGAGAUGAACGAGGUGAGUCGUGAGGAAGAGGACGCAGGCGGCAGCAGGUUCCUCAUCACCUUCGGCAUCCAGAACGCAGGACUUCUGACGGGCUUCGCCAUCAUGCUCCUCCUCACCACGUAUUCAGGGCACAUACAGCUGGGCUAGCAGCGGACUCUUUGCUGCGGAGCGGGAUCUGGUGAUAGAAACUGGAGAAGCUUGACUGUGCGGCAGGAACGCACAGUCCAGUAUUUAAAAGAACUGACUGUUUGAUUAUGUGCAGCUCUAACAUGCAGUAAAUUUCAGACCCAUCUGUCCCUCUUUUUCUCCGACCUUUCCUUCCUUUUUAAAAUCAUCACCUGAAUUGGUCAGUGUGUGGUUCUCCUUUUCCUUUAAUAGGCUUUUAAUUCCUCUGAAUAGUCAUUAGGUUUCACCUUUUGACUCCUUUAUUCUUACCGGCUUGGAUGUUAAACUGCCUGAGCUGGCAUCAGACUCAUCAUACCCAUUAUCCCUUAUAGAUGCAGAUCAAGAUAAAAGCUGCUAUGAAUCUAUUUUUUCUCUCCUUCAUUUUUCACCAUUAAUACCAAAAAGCACAGAUCUGGAACUGGAACAAUUCCUCAUAAACUUACUUCCAUUUCAGCUUGUUUUGUCUGUGUUGAGUUAAAGUUUAACGACACUUGAUGUGAAACUGACUUUUAAAGACCAAACACGUUCGGUGAAGGGCUACACAGUGAUUCAUUGUGUGGUAUGGAGUUGUCUUCAUCCUCUUUAUGCAUUUUCUGAAUAAUCUUUCAUCAUGAAGAUGCUGUUUAAUGUUUUCAUUUUUUUUCCAGAAGGGAUGCAGCACCCCUGCAGCAGCAUUUCUCUGUAGUUUACCAUCUGUGCCCUUCAUUUAUAUAACUGUGAGUAGUUUGUUGUUGUUUUUUGCCGAUUAUGCAUAUUCAGAUGUUCUGUUAUUUUAUUGCUGACCACAUCUUUAACUAACAUCCCCAACUGGCAGAACUUCAUGGUCUGUAUGUGCAACAAACCUGUGGUAUGGCUGUUUCUAAGUGACAAUCCUGACUGGACUAAACACUCAUUAUUACAAGUGUGAGGACUGAACACCUUCCAUAGAUAUUAGAUUGUUUUAAAACAGUAUAUUUAACUACUAAUGUCCAAAUAAUCAACAGCGAUUACAAAAGGGCAAAAUAACACCCUUUCUCUAUUCUCUAAAGUUUGGAUGAAGUUAUUUUCUGCAUAGAAAGAAGAAAUUCCUACCUAUUCCCCCCAAAUAUUUCGCCUGCUUGAGCCCAAAGAUGGACCAUAUUAAAAAAUAGCAAGGCUUUGCUAAUUGGGUCGACAUUUUUAUUAAAAGAACCAAAUUAUCACGGCUUUGAACCUCUUGGUUGAUUAAAAGCAAAGCCUUUUGUUUCAGAGGGAGAGAUUUAAACUGGAGGGUUCACAUCUGCCCUAAGUGAAAAAUGAAUCUUAUUAUGUAACCUCACAGAUGCAGGAUGGGACAAGAAGGGAAUACCUGAUGAUUUUAAUGUUCCAGAGCUCCAGCGUCACAGAAACAGCACUGAAGCUAACUGAGGAGUGGCCGUCCUCCGUAGUACAAAACCCGCUGUCGUCAGAAAUUCACUGCGCACAUGUUUCAAGCACUACUGUAUAAAAACUGAGUUUUAGAUUUUGUGAUUGAUGCAGGACAGUUUAUGACACUGUGAUCCAGUGGGUUAAAACAGAAAUGAUUCUUCAGGAAAGACUCAGUCACCCAGCCAUCUGUUACACUUUUGACAGAUCCCACCCCAACUCAUCAGGCUUUUAUUUGAAAGGAAUUAUCACAAUCGCACCAUUUCCAAAUUUUAGGGUCCCCAAGAAACCACAGAAUAUCCUCUAGAUAUUAUCUACACCUAUCCUCUAGGUAGAUAGGUGACUGGUUAUGUUUUUAAUAAGCCGACAGCUGGACAAAAAGAGUUCUGAUGUUUCAUGGAACCUUAAUGGUCUUGAAGCCAUCCUGAAAAGUACUGUAUAGGUGUCAUAUUGGUGACUUCUUCUGGCUUGAAAUAAGUCCUUCUCUAAAGGCCGCUUCAGCCCGAGAUAUACCACAUUUUGAUCGUAUUUGUACCCCGGAAUAUUAGGUCCAUAUUAAGAGAUGCGUCUUUUCUCAUUUCAAAAAGAAGUUCUAAUAAACUCCUAAUAUUAAGAGAAUAAUGGUAUAAGAGUUUUAAUGAAGAGAACUGAGAUCUGCAACCUAAACCAUGCAUUUUAAUGCAUGGGAAUACUGACCCCAGUUCAAAUUAAAGUACUUCUUUAUUACAGCUUAAAUGUUGUAACACCGUUCAUUUUCUUAUAUCAUUACUUCAUUCUUAUUAUAUAACUUUUUUUUUGUACGAUUAUGUCUUUAUUCUCACAUUCUUGCUAUUUUCUCGCAAACCUAUUAUUUUAUUACUUUAUUUUGGUAAUAUUAACGCUUUUUUUCUAGUAAUGUUAUCACUUUAACCUUGUAGACAUAAAAUUAGGACUUUAAUAAUAAGGAUGGCUUUAUUUUUACAAUUAAAAAUCUCUUUAUAUGGCCCCAAUACUCUGUCAUGUUUGUGGCUAUUUUAAUCCUCUAAGGGGGUCAUAUUAAAUUAAUUUUAAGUAGUAUGGGAUUAACUCCAGAAUUGGGAAAUAAAUAAGUGGAAUUAUCAUUGAUUUCAGCGUAUCACAGCUUAAAAGAACAAGUGAAAAAGUAAACGGUUCAGCUUAUUCCUUUUUAAAAAAAAUCAGUUUAUAGAUUAAAAUCAAUUAAUGAUGACUAAUUGAAUUAUUCAUCAUGGGAACAUGAUCUGUUCAGUGCUGCUGUAGAAAAUGAUUCGCGGUUUGGUGCGUCGCUGUCCCUUUAAACAUGCUGAGAUGAUCAGAAAUAGAGUGUGCAGAUUUCUCCAACAUAGCCAGAGUGAUCGGGGGUCAGAUCCAGCAUACCUUUCCCUUCGAUCCAUUCCCUCUUUUUCAUUUUGUCAGAAACUUCAAUCAUUUCCUGGAAAGACAUUUUAAAAACAUAGUAUGGCAGAAUCACUGGUGUAUGAUGAAGUGAUGAGUGGGACUAUUUAUUAUUUGUUUUACGCCAUGAAGUAUUUAUUUAAUACUUUACACUCCAAGCCAUGGUGACCUAUUUGUUUUGUUUGUUGUUUGGCUUUGCUUUAUUUUCUUGUUUGUUAAAGAAGGGGGGAACUGAGUCGUACAUCAUGAAACCUCACUGCAUCCCAUAUUUUGACUGUAUAUUAAAACUAUACUGAAAACAGAGCAUAAGAACACACUAAGACAAUAUAUAUAUGGAUCAUUUUCAAAGUAUUGUAUGCAAUGUUGUUUAUCGUUAGACUUCUCUGUCAUGGCAAACGUUUUAUAAACAUUAUUUUUUAUGAAA